UUCAUCUCGAGUACAAUUAAUUUAUAAUCCUUGAACCUGUUAUUCCUGAGGAAAUAUAUUUAUUGCGAAGAAAUUGUUCGCAAAACUUGUUUGUAAUUGUCGUCAGUGUAAAAAUUUAAUAACGAAUAAAAUGGUUCUGAAGAUUCGCGUUGAAUCACCGAAGGUGAAGUAUACGGAAGAUUAUAUUGAAGCACAGUACGAGUAUCAAACGACGAAUGUUACGGAAGACGACAAUAUAAACUAUACGGUGACACCUGUCUCAACAAAGUUAUUAAUUAGAACACAAUUGAAAGUUCCAAAACUUGGAUUAAUGUUGGUUGGAUGGGGUGGAAAUAAUGGUUCUACUAUCACUGCAGCUUUAUUAGCAAACAAACUUAAACUGACUUGGGAAACAAAGAAUGGCCUUCAGAAAGCAAAUUGGUAUGGUUCAUUAAUUCAAGCAUCUACUGUUAGAUUAGGCAAAGGGAACAAGGGAGAUGUGUAUGUUCCCAUGUCUUGGAUGCUUCCAAUGGUAAAUCCAGAUGAUAUUGAAAUUGAUGGAUGGGAUAUCUUAAAUAUGAAUUUAGCUGAUGCUAUGCAACAUGCAAAAGUUUUAGACAUUAAUUUGCAAAAACAAUUAAUAUCACACAUGAUGAAUAUGAAACCGAGAAAAAGUAUAUAUUAUCCUGAUUUUAUUGCUUCUAAUCAGGAAAAAAGAGCAAAUAAUAUUAUUUUUGGCGCCAAAUUUGAACAAUUGGAACAUAUCAGGAAAGACAUUGCAGAAUUUAAAACUACAAAGAACUUGGAUGAAGUGAUUGUAUUAUGGACUGCCAGUACUGAACGAUUUUCAGAGAUAAUUCCAGGUGUAAAUGAUACAGCAGAAAAUUUACUGAAAGCUAUUAAAGAAGAUCAUACAGAAAUUAGUCCUAGUACAGUGUUUGCUGUUGCAGCAGCUUUGGAAGGAUGUACAUAUAUAAAUGGCUCUCCUCAAAAUACUUUUGUACCAGGAGCAAUUGAAUUAGCAGAAAAACAGAAAACAUUUAUUGGUGGUGAUGAUUUUAAAUCAGGACAAACAAAAUUAAAGUCUGUACUUGUAGAUUUUCUAGUUUCAGCUGGUAUUAAACCAGUGUCGAUUGUUAGUUACAAUCAUCUUGGAAAUAAUGAUGGAUAUAAUUUGUCAGCUCCUCAACAAUUUCGGUCAAAAGAGAUUUCGAAAAGCAGUGUGGUAGAUGACAUGGUACAAUCAAACAAAAUUCUUUAUCAACCUGGAGAAAAGCCGGAUCAUUGUGUUGUUAUCAAAUAUGUCCCAUAUGUUGGCGAUAGCAAACGGGCGAUGGAUGAGUACACAUCAGAAAUAUUACUUGGAGGACACAACACGAUUGUUAUACACAACACAUGUGAAGAUUCUUUGUUAGCUAGUCCACUUAUUUUGGAUCUAGUUCUUUUGGCAGAGAUUUGUUCACGUAUUACCUUUAAGUUAUUGGACACAGAGGAUGAGUUUACUGGAUUUCACAGCGUACUGUCUGUAUUAUCGUACCUUUGCAAAGCGCCAUUAGUACCACGAGGAACGCCAGUUGUAAACGCAUUAUUUAGACAACGAGCUGCAAUUGAAAACAUCUUAAGAGCAUGCCUUGCAUUACCUCCUGAAAAUAAUAUGUUACUUGAACAUAAAGUUAACUUUGAAAAACAUGUGCGAGCUUAAAGGAAAAAGAUUAUUUUUAAAAAUAAGGGUAUUGAUUGCAACAAAAGGAACGAACAGUAUUAUCAAAGGAUAAUUU